CCGGGAACGCGCUUUUAUGCGCGCUCCCACAGUGUAUAUAGUCAUUUCGUCAUCGGUCCAUUCAAUUUCUCUCAGACGCUGAACUGUUCACUGCUCUGACAAUGGCCUCCGGUGUGAAAGUCACAGACGAAGUGAUCAGCGUCUUCAACGACAUGAAGGUCCGUAAGGCUCAGGCGAACGAGGACGAGAAGAGGAAGAGGAAGAAGGCCAUCCUCUUUUGCCUCAGCAAGGACCUGAAGAACAUCGUUCUGGACGAAGGCAAAGAAAUCCUGCUGGGCGACAUCGGCAACACCGUCAAGGACCCGUACGAGGACUUUGUGAAGAUGCUGCCGCCCAACGACUGCCGCUACGCUCUGUACGACGCCACCUACGAGACCAAAGAGACGAAGAAGGAGGACUUGGUCUUCAUUUUCUGGGCACCAGAAAGCGCUCCGCUGAAGAGCAAGAUGAUCUACGCCAGCUCCAAAGACGCCAUCAAGAGGAAAUUUGAAGGCAUCAAGCACGAGUGGCAGGUGAACGGUUUAGAGGACCUGAAGGAGCGACGCACGCUGGCAGAGAAGCUGGGCGGCUCGGCGAUAGUCACCCUGGAAGGAACUCCUUUAUAAACACGCCUCUCCUCUUCCUCAUCCUCCUCCUGCGGCUUCGCUCGAAGCCUCUCAGACACAUCUGUUGGGUUUAGUUGUUCAUUCCAGUCGGGUUGGAGAAAACGGGGAAAAGCAGAACCAGGGUCAUUUGUGGGACUCCUAGGGAGGGCGGCCUGGGGAGGGUGACAAAGAAAAACACACAAAAAAACACACAAUCAGGCAGACUGUUCAUGCAACAUAAGGAUUAUGAACAAAACACACCUAAAGAUACUAAUGAUGAAGGACGGUGAUGAAGACGAUGACA